AUGUCUCGCCACCACCCUGAUCUCGUUAUGUGUCGCAAGCAGCCCGGCAUUUCGAUCGGUCGUCUUUGCGACAAGUGCGACGGCAAAUGCCCCGUGUGUGACUCCUACGUGCGUCCUACCACCCUCGUCCGGAUCUGCGAUGAAUGCUCUUUCGGCAACUACCAGAAUAAGUGCGUUGUCUGCGGUGGCGAAGGCAUCAGUGACGCAUUCUAUUGUUUCGAGUGCACACGUUUGGAGAAGGACCGAGAUGGCUGUCCUAAGAUUAUCAAUUUGGGAAGCUCGAGGACAGACUUAUUCUACCAAAAGAAAAGUUUUCGAAAUAAUUGA